UUUGUAAACAUUGUUCAAGUGUUAUUCUAUGAUUCAAGUGGUUGGAGUGGGAUUUUUGCAGUUUUCUAACGGAGAUUACUAGGUUUUGUUAACGAUUUACAAAACAAACUGAACGUUUUGUUUAAGCCCAAUGGGUGAUCAAUUAGAUCUAUAUAAAGUUUGCAUUAGCAAACAGUUGGAAGAGGUAGAUAUGUUAUCUUCCAUCUAUUGUACACCUGGAGAAAUGCACAUUUUUGAUCCCGGUGUUAUCAGUGAUUUUAAUGAGUUUUUGCUACAACCUUCUAAUGAAACCUUAGAAUUUCUUUUAAAGUCUCAAUUGGACUACAAUAUUAAGCUGGAAUUACAAACUUCCCGGGGAAAAACUAAAUUGGAUGUGCGAAUUGAAUUGCCACAUUUGUAUCCCACUUUGGAAAAUGCCAUUGUUAUAGUACACACUCCUUUGCUGAGUAAAAACAAAGAAUCGUAUUUAAAAAAAGAAAUUGAAAAUUUCAUUAAUACCAUGGAUAAGUCCGAAUCGUAUAUUUUUCAAGUUUUAAGCUGGAUACAAGAAGAAAUUGAAAUGUUAAUUCAAAGAGAUGCCAGUGAAUUCGAAACAAACGAUACGAAUGUUGAAUCUAAUGCUGUAAAUGAAUUGGUGGAUUUCGAAAGGCUAUGGAUUUACUCGCAUCACCUUAAAUCAAAAACCAAAAGACAGGAAAUUGUUAAGCAAUCAAGAAAUUUGGAUUUGAGUGGCUUCAGCCGGCCAGGUAAACCGGGCAUAAUAUGUGUUGAAGGCUUAAAAGAGUGUACCCAGGAAUUUUGGCGCAUCAUUAAGGGUAUGCAUUGGCAGAAAAUAUUUGUUUGCAAAGUUGAGGCCAGCCGUAAAUCACGCGAAAGGAUGGAUGAUUUAAGAAGAUUUAACGGUUUCAAAGAGCAAUUGUUUUGUGAUGACAUGGAAAACGAAGAAGGUGUUAUGAAUAUGGGUUUGUUUUUGAAAUACUUGGAAUUGCAUAAUUCGGGUUAUAUGAAAAUGGAGUUAUUUGGAUUGAAAUAGCAAAAUUAUAAAAAGCUUUAAAACAGUUUGAUAUUAAAACCAUAUGAGAAUUUACCACCUGAUUUUGUGAAUCAUAGCAAUAUGGAACAAUUUUCUAUGAACCUUUUUUUAAAGAGAAUUGAAGAGAUUUACAAAGAAUUCGUUUAACUUCUUAAAUUAUUACGUUGAAAUUAGUUACAAAAAAAAGUAAAAUAGUUUAAAAAAAUGUAAAAGUUAAUAAGCUAAAUUUUAUUUGUUAAGUUUUCAACAUUUGUAAUACUUAAAUUUAAAUUGCAAAUUCUUGAAAAAUAUUUUUAGAUAUUAUAAUUAAUUAUUUAAAUAAAAUACGUUAAUGUUUUUUCUUAAAAAUAAAA